CCGUUGGAUCUCCCGUUGGUGCAUUACGCUAAGCACGAUAACUUGCAUGAUCAUGGCUGAAGCACGGAUCUCAGUACUUUGCAGUGGGAAUGGAUCGAAUCUCCAGGCACUUAUCGACUCGAGCACCUCUAACGCACCUGACAGCAUACGGGGCAAGAUUAUUAAGGUGACGGUGAAUAGGAAAGGGGCAUAUGCUACUACGAGGGCAGAGAAAGCUGGCAUUCCUACAGAUUACUUCAACUUGGUCAAAGAUGGUUACCAAAAACUUGGGGAGAAGGACCCGGCAGUGUUGAAAGAGGCACGCCUGAAGUAUGAUGCUGAUCUGGCUGAGAGGAUAUUGCGUGAUAAACCAGACCUUGUCGUCUUGGCAGGUUGGAUGCAUGUCCUGUCGACGAACUUCCUGCGGCCGUUCAGCGAUGCCGGGGUGCCGAUCAUAAAUCUUCACCCCGCUUUACCAGGUGCUUAUGACGGUGCUGGUGCGAUUGAAAGAGCCUAUGAGGAUUUCAAAGCCGGAAAACUCGAGGAUAACACAACUGGAAUCAUGAUCCACUAUGUCAUUGCUGAAGUUGACCGUGGCGAACCCAUUCUAGUUCAGAAAAUUCAAAUCCAGGAGGGAGAAAGUCUGGAAGAUCUAGAGCAGAAGAUACAUGGGUGCGAGCACGGUCUAAUCGUCAAAGCGACUGCGUUACUAGCAGAGAAGAUAUCGGCGGCAAAAGCAGCAAAUACAUGAAUUAAAAGGCGGGGUGGCGAUGGCAUCGGAGACCAAAAUCGAGCAAUUGCAUGAUCACGAACAUUCCGUGAACAUGGGGUAAGAGGUUAAGGUUGCUCAAGGUUGCUCAUGAAAUGGAAUCGUCUUAUCUAUCGUAGGUGAUGUAUCAUCCGAAAGCUACGAAGCGUGCAAAAUGAUUGGUAGUUAUAUAAGACAUACGGGUCGCGAUAGGCGUCGUACUUAAAGCACAAGCAAGCACAAACGGAUUAUGCACAUAGUAAUAUGCAUGUUGAAAUCCAUC